AUGGAGGGCGGCGGGCAGCACCCGGCCCCCACUGACCCCCCGGGCCAACCCCACAGCGAGGGCAUCCAGCUCUUGCUACGUCGUAGCCGGGAGGCCAAAAAUUGUGCUUAUUGCCCCUACAGCCGCUUCCCGGUGGGCGCCGCGCUGCUCACCGCUGGCGGGGAGAUCUUCUCCGGGUGCAACGUGGAGAAUGCCUGCUACAGCCUGGGGGUGUGUGCUGAGCGCACUGCCAUCCAGAAAGCCAUCUCCGAGGGACACACCAGCUUCAGGGCCAUGGCCAUCGCCAGUGACAUGGGGGACAACUUCAUCGUGCCCUGCGGUGCCUGCAGACAAGUGAUGAGAGAGUUUGGCACAGACUGGAACAUCUACCUGACCAAAGCGGAUGGCACCUAUAUCGUCAAGAGGCUGGAGGAUCUGCUGCCGCUCUCCUUCGGCCCCGAGGACCUGAAGAAGGUGUGA